GAAAAGGAUCAUGAACACUCUCCGGAUCUCUUUCUCGUCGUUUCCGCUGUUGAAAACACUCCCCAAUUCUUCCUCACUGAAACCGGCCCAAAUCGCCGCAAAUUCUGCUCACCGUCGAAUCUUUGUCAUGAAUUCUAGCUCGAAGCUUGAUUCUAGGUCGUCUUCGUCGUCGAUAUGUCAAGUUCCGGGGCUAGAAUCGGAGGAGAUGGACAGGAUUGCGGAACAAAUGUUCCGGCGGUAUGAGUCUCCUUCUUCUUCGAGUGUUAAGAGAGGAAAAGGAGUGGCCAUUGUAUGGUUCAGAAAUGACCUCCGUGUGCUGGACAAUGAGGCCCUGUAUAAGGCCUGGAUUUCGUCAGAGGCUGUGUUGCCGGUGUAUUGCGUUGAUCCGAGACUUUUUGGUUCUACCUGCUACUUCGGAUUUCCUAAAACUGGAGCAUUGAGAGCUCAAUUUAUUGUUGAAUGCUUGGCUGAUUUGAAAAGGAAUUUGAUAAACCGAGGUCUUAACUUGCUUAUUCAACAUGGGAAGCCUGAAGAAAUUCUCCCUUCUCUUGCUAAAGCUCUUGGUGCCCACACAGUUUAUGCUCAAAUGGAAACUUGUAGUGAGGAACUAUACGUUGAAAGAAUGGUAAGCAAAGGACUCAAAACAGUGGUGCUAUCACCAACCUCAGAGAAGUCUGCCAAGCCAAGCUCUGCUAGAAGCCCUACUUUGCUACUUGUUUGGGGCACCACGAUGUACCACAUAGAUGACCUUCCAUUUGAUACCAACAGUUUGCCUGAUGUCUACACUCAAUUUCGUAAAUCUGUUGAAGCUAAAUGUGCUAUCCGAGAUUGCAUUAGACUUCCAGCUCUUCUUGGACCUCCAGCAAGCAUCGAUAAUUGGGGAUGUGUUCCCUCGCUUGAUAAGCUCGAGCUUCAACCUCCAAGUGUUGUUAAGGGCAUGAGGUUUAUUGGGGGUGAGAGCGCAGCUCUCUCCAGAAUCUAUGAGUACUUCUGGAAAAAGGAUUUACUACGGAUCUACAAGGAAACAAGGAAUGGGAUGUUAGGACCUGACUACUCUACAAAAUUCUCUCCAUGGCUUGCUUCAGGAAGCAUUUCACCACGUCUCAUUCAUGAAGAGGUAAAGAGAUAUGAAAAGGAAAGGGAAGCAAAUCAAUCUACUUAUUGGGUGUUGUUCGAAUUGAUAUGGAGGGAUUACUUUAGGUUUCUUUCAGUCAAAUAUGGCAAUUCUCUUUUUCAUAUAGGUGGCCCAAGAAAAGUGGAGUCGAAAUGGAGUCAAGACAAAAAUUUGUUUGAAUCAUGGAGAGAUGGCCGUACAGGGUAUCCUCUAAUAGAUGCAAAUAUGAAAGAAUUGUCAACAACUGGGUUCAUGUCGAAUCGAGGACGGCAGAUAGUAUGUUCCUUCCUUGUUCGAGAUAUGGGUAUUGAUUGGCGUAUGGGAGCUGAAUGGUUUGAGACAUGCCUUCUGGAUUAUGACCCUUGCUCCAACUAUGGAAAUUGGACAUAUGGAGCUGGUGUUGGGAAUGACCCUAGAGAAGAUCGUUACUUCAGUAUCCCCAAGCAAGCACAGACGUACGAUCCCGAGGGCGAAUACGUAGCGUAUUGGUUGCCGCAGCUACGAAUGUUACCCAAAGAUAAGAGGCAUUUCCCAGGAAAAAUGUUGUACAUGGAACAAGUAGUACCUCUGAAGUUUGGGAAUGCUGCAAGGCCCCAAAGCCAAGAUUAUGCAAGAAGAAAAAACUUUGGGGGGAGACAAGCAAAGGACUUCAAAAGAUAACAGUGUUCAAGGAAAGUAGGUACAAUUCAUAAAUCUCAACACCUUAUCUCCAUUCAACAAACACCAUUGGUUCUUUUCUUGACCAAAAGUUAUAAAGUAAUCCUGAGGAA